CACGUCACGGUUAACCGUCAAGUGGUUGCUGUGAAUAAUCGCGAAGUUCACGCGUCGCUUGUUACUGUGACAAUGCAACAGCUGGUAUCGCUGGGCUGUCUGCUCUUCCACGUUUUCGUGGUGUUCGCCACCGAGUUCACGUUUGAGCUCCCCGAUAACGAUGAACUAUGCUUCUACGAAGAGAUGGAGAAUGGUGACAAGUUUGAUUUAGAUUACCAAGUGAUAUCAGGAGGCAACUAUGACGUGAACUGUUUUGUGGCGGAUGCUAACGAUAACAUCUUGUACAACGACGAGAAGAAGCAAUACGGCAGCUUCACGCACACCACCAACAUGAAGGGUGCCUAUAGGGCCUGCUUCAGCAACAAAUUUUCCACCUUUUCACACAAAUAUAUAUACCUGGAUUUCCGGCACGGUGACGAGAAUCUUCUCCUUCCCAGUAUGACCAGAGCCACAGCGCUAACUCAGUUGGAAUCAACAUGCGUGUCCAUCCACGAAAUCCUGAAGGUGGUAUCGGAGUCGCAGACCUGGUACCGGCUCAGGGAAGCGCACGACCGCAUCAGGGCGGACCACAUCCACAGCAAUGUCACCCUCUGGUCCCUCGGCGAAACGGCCCUGCUAUUUGUCAUCGCUGUGGGUCAAGUCAUGUUGCUCAAGAGCUUUUUCAGUGAGAAAAAAGGCCCGGUGGCCGUCCCAACUUAGAACACGUUUCCUCCAUUGCAUCAAGAGUUCAGCAUUUUUUCCUCAAUUUUUUACAAAAAAAUAUUUUGAAAGAGAUACCACUCAGACUUGCUUAAAAUUAUCAUGCUUGCAGAUAAAGAUGAUUUAUUAUCCUUUACAGUGCCGUGAAAACGUAUUUCCCCCUUUCUUGAUUUCCGUGUACUUUGCAUAUUUAUCACACUCAAAGAUUUCAGUUCAUCGAACCAAUGUUAAUAUCACAAGAGACAUGUCAAGGAAAUACAAAAUGCUGUUUCUAAAUGCCAAUUUAAUUCAUUUAAUCACAAAAAAAAUCCAAACCUGCCUGUGCCUAUGUGAAAAAGUAAUUGCCCCCCUCCUUCAUAAAUCACAAAGUAACUGUGACUCGACAGUUUUGGGAAGCC